UAGAAAUAGAGAGGGAGAGGGAGAGAAGAAGAGAUACUUAGCAUACCUUAGCAAAUGGAAGUGGGUUGCCAGCCAGUGAUUAGCUGCAUUCGCAGAGUAUGAAGAUGGAAUAUCCAAUUGCUUAUCUGCUCUGAGGGGGAAAAGGAGGAGGAAAAUAUAUAAAUAUCUAUUGAAAUACACAACAAUAAGUUCCAACUUCUUCAAAGCACGAGGAGCAAGAAGACAAGCCGCCUGGCACACAUUGUGCAGCUCUGGAGAGGCUGCUGAAGCCAUCGACAGCACUGCUUGUGUGGGGGAUCACCCCUGGGUACGACAUCCACACGAGACAGCGGAGUCACAUUCCCCACUGCUCCCAGCGAGAUUCUGCUCCCACGGAGUGACAACCACACUGCCCAAUACAGCAGGGAGUCAUCAGUAGAGCAUCGUAUACUGCCUGCGGGUUCUGCUCGGGCAAGGACAAAAUCAGGAGCCAGGACAAUCCAAUUGCACACUGUAUUGUAUGGUGCUCUACUUGCCGUUCCAUACACCGGAUAGGGACAAUAUUCACUGCUGAAAGAUCGUUACAGAGUCUAUACAGAGACUGAGGACUCGUCAUACAUUUACCCUGUACUAUUGUGUAUAAGGUGAAAGCAGGAUGAUGACCAGCACCACUACUGAGCAUGUGAAGAUGGAACCCCCCUUUUACCAUGAGGACACCCUCAACCUCCAGGAUUUUAGUCAGAUCGCAGCAUACAGUGCUGGCUCUCCGGAAGGGACGCCAGGAGCUCUCCGUACCUCUGUGGGGGAGCCUGUGGUCAGAUACCCCCCUGACACCAAACUGAUGAGCGUCAACAUUAUCCUCCAAAGCACUGGCCUAAAGAAGAAGAAUAUAGCUGCAGCCUCUGUGCCUCUACCUGUGCUUCCUGCUGGCUUCUCCGAGGUGAUCACACGUGGUGGUGACACUCUCAAGCUGCUGCAGGUAGGAAAUGGGGGCCCUACCAUCACAGACCCCACUGUAGCUGCCCGGGAAAUGUCGGUGGGGAAUACCCACACACCAACUGUGCCAGCUGUGGUAGAAGCAGGAGUCGUUGUGACUGGGGGAAGCGUUAGCAGUGGUGGGGCAGGCAGUUCUGGUGGUAGCUCCUCCAGUCCUGAUCUGUCUCUCCUGCCUAACGCUUCCUCCACAGCUGCCCUGAAUCUGCUGAAACUGUCCCCUCCUGAGCUGGAGCAUUUACUUAUCCAGGCAGCCAGCCCAGGGCUCUCAGCCGCCUCCAGCAGUAGCAGUGCCCCCAGCCCUGCUCCACCUUCACAACCCCAGGGCACCCCAGUACCCCCUGCCCCCGGUGGCCCUCAUCCCUUCCUGUACCGCAACCAGCAGAUGAUCACGCAGGAGCAGGAAGGCUUCGCUGACGGCUUUGUCAAGGCCCUGGCCGACCUCCACAAGCAGAACCAGCUCCUGGGGGCCCCACUGUCACCUACUGCCCUAGCUGCGGGCUCCCCAACAUCCUACCCAGCGCACUCCCUGCUUCCAGCCGGGGAGGUUCCUGUCUACACCAACUUGAGCAGCUUCAACCCAGCAAGUGCCCAGCACAGCCCCCCACUCCAGCAAGCCACCCAGGCACCAUACACUGCAGCAGGGAGCUCAGCUGGGACUGUGCUGCUCCAUUUCCCAGGGCUCCCCCGUCCGCACACUGUAAGGGGGCCCCUGGAUGAGCCGCAGACAGUUCCUGACGUUUCACAAGGUGGUGCCCAAGGUGGUGGGACUACUGCUGGGAGUAGUGCAGGAGACUCAGGCUCCCAGCCAUCUCUGUCGCCGAUCGACCUAGAGACCCAGGAACGGAUUAAGGCCGAGAGGAAGAGGCUGCGGAACCGCAUUGCCGCCUCCAAGUGCCGCAAGAGGAAGCUGGAGCGCAUCGCCCGCCUAGAGGAGAAGGUCAAGGUGCUUAAGUCCCAGAACUCAGACCUGGCAUCCACUGCUAGCCUGCUGAGGGAGCAAGUUUCCCAACUCAAGCACAAGGUGUUGAGCCACGUCACCAAUGGCUGUCAGAUUACUGUGGCCAAGAGCAGCCCUGUUGGGGGCAAGGCCGGGGACAGUUCCAGCUGCUGAGAGGCCUCCACAGCAAGACAAAGCUAACUGGGUAUCAGUAUUAGAGCCACUGAGACUGAAACAGUCACGAAUGGGUGAUCCACUGUAGUAGAAGAAGGGUCUGAAGUGCAAACUUUAUGCCGGGCAUGAAUGACAACAUUUUAAAUAAUAAUAUUUAAGCAAACCUAAUGGUUUGAGGGGGGAAAAAACUGGAGGAACAUGUAAGCUUCUGAAGCUGCAACAGUGAAGGAGAUUGAGAACCCAGUGAGUGAGUGGGAGGCUUACACUGAAAAAGUGUAUGUGUCUGAGAAACAAGGCUUGGGCCUGGUCUGCUACCUUCUUAUCUGAAAGAAGAGGUUGUGGUACUCACUGAGCAGGGCAUGUUUUAUGUUUCCACUGUUGGUUUCUGGAGAGAAAAAAAAAUAAAGGUGGCUAUAUACUGAAGAUGUGCUAGAGCAAACAAAAUGCCUGAAAGAUCAACACAAUUAUUUAGCAAGAGGACCAUGGAGUGACAAAAUAGCUUUUAAAAAUGAGGCUAGCCAACCCCACCCAGACUUUUUUAUUUUACAACUUGUUGGACCAGUUUGGGAACCCAACCUUGUAUUCAAAAAUGCAAGGGACCUAUGUCUAUUAUUGUGGCUAGUGAAAAGAUUGAAUUUCCUGAUGAUGUUACAGAACAAUAUUUAAUCGUAUUGUUCUAAGCCUGGGUGUGUUACUGGAAGAGAUUAUAUGAGAUGUAAAUAGGUGCAUAACGUAUGCAAAAUAUUUUAUUAUACUGUCCUGUGCCAACAACAUUAUAUAUCAGUUCAGAGUGACCUUAUUUAGCAAAGCAGGCAUUUUGGAUUAUGUGUGUCUGCCUGUUUAAAAGGAACACUUCACUAAAUAACUAAUUUUAUUCUUGUGUUUAUUUUUGAAACCUUCAUAAAAACAGGAAGAAUAGCUUAUCCUCCCAAAUCUGAUUUCAUUGCAUAGAAACAUGAAUUUGCAGCAACAAAAUUAACUAAAAUACUGGAACCCUAUAUUAUCUAUAAUGCCAGCAAAUUGGUGAUAGUAUUACUAAAUUCUGUUCGGGUCUGUCUACUGAUUAUUGUCUUUGCAAAAUCCCACUGCAACUUCAAAGGAGCACUGCCCUAGCAAAAUGAUAUUUCUGGUUGUUAAAUUAUAGUUAUAUAUAGUUAUAAUCAAAGAGAGGCUGCUGAUUACUUUUAAUGUUUUACUACCAUGUACAUUGAUAAAAAUUGAGACCGGCAUAAAAGAACAUCCAGUGUUGCAAUUUUAUUUUAUGGCAACUACGUGGAUUUAUAAAAUGUCUUCACAAAACAAAGUUCAAUGAUGACUACAAUAAACUCUUUAUAAUAUUGUACCUACCCAGGUGAAGUUUAUGUGAUAUGGUAAAUUUAAGGGUCUAUAUUGCAGCUGGUUUUAUGUAGUACACUUUUUUACUACUUUGUAUUAGGAACAGAUUGGAUCAUUGUGUAAGCAGAUUUGGGGUACUUAUUCAGAGAAUCGCGUCAAGUUAACAGUUUAAGGGCUUAUUCACUAAACGGUGAAAGCUUACACCAAAAUGGCAGAUGUUACUUUGGCCUACAUUUAAUCACAUCAACUCAGCAGAUGUGUGCCCUUAAAAUGAAUCUUGAUAAAGUCGGAAUGUUUUAUAAAAUUAUUUUGUAUAUAAAUGACAUUAGUAGACAGACCUCUAUAGAAUCAAAUGGAAAGUUAUAUUUGCGUAUUACUGAGAAAUUGUGUUUUAUUUUUUUAUUUUUUUUUAAAUGCACUUAAGUUAACUAAUGGUUGAAAAUUGGGCCAUUUAGACUUGUGAUAAAUGCAACAUGGAUGCCAUCACAAAUUAGAGUUUUAAGCACAGUAUAUUGGUUGAUAUAAGAAUGAGUUACUAUUAAGUGCUUUGACCGAGAUUCUAGUUUUAUUUAUUGUACUCGGUCUGAAGCUAGACAUUGAGUAUUAUGUGUCUUGAGAUUUCUUGACAUUGCACUAAGUUUUAGAUGUAUUUUUGUACAACUUAGUUAUGUGUACCUUGCUACGCAAAUUAUUUAAAAUGUUAUUUAAGGAAAAAUAAAGACCACAUCUAAAGAAA